AAUAUAUACCGCAUGGAUAGGUGCAGUAGGCACGUUUUAGCACGUCUAUUUGCAUGAAGUCUUAAAGCAGGUCAAUCCCAUCGCGUUAUUCAUCUGCCAAGCACAUUUAAGCGACACAGUUACUGACUCGAUCUGUAGUCAAGAGUUUAUUUAUAAACCAUCCGUGCACGCGAAUCCACGUUGAUGCGAUUACAAGUGCCACAUUUUAGCUGCUAGGAAACUCAUUCUUAAAUCUAACUGGUAAGCUGGGUCAGCUAUGCUUCGUCUGGUGAGGAGCCAGGGUAGAGGGUUUAGGGUCUGUGUGUUCUGUCAAUGGAGGUGUAACCAUCAGCAGCUGCUUCACAAGAGUGUCAUAGCCAUCCGACGAGAGGAUUUGACUGUGUGGGAGAGUCGCGCACCCCUCGCACCGCGGCACGUGAGGGAGAUCACAGCAGCUGGACACAAAGUGCUGGUGCAGCCCUCCAACAAACGAGCCAUUCAUGACAGAUUUUAUGAAAAAGCAGGUGCUGUUAUCCAGGAGGAUAUCUCAGAGGCGUCCCUCAUCGUUGGCGUGAAAAGGCCCCCAGAGGAGAAGGUCUACCCCCACAAGACAUAUGCCUUCUUCUCACACACAAUUAAAGCACAAGAGGCAAAUAUGGGGCUGCUUGAUGACCUUCUUGAAAAGGAAGUACGCCUCAUUGAUUAUGAGAAAAUGGUGGAUCCCAAUGGUUUCAGAAUUGUGGCGUUUGGACAGUGGGCUGGUGCUGCUGGAAUGAUUAACAUCUUACAUGGUCUGGGCCUGCGUUUCCUUGCUCUUGGACACCACACCCCCUUUAUGCAUAUUGGCAUGGCACACAACUACAGAAACGUCAGCCAAGCCAUCCAGGCAGUAAGGGAUUGUGGGUAUGAAAUUUCCUUAGGUCUGAUGCCCAGGUCCAUAGGUCCUCUGACAUUUGUGUUCACUGGCACUGGCAAUGUGUCUAAGGGUGCCCAAGACAUUUUCAACGAGCUCCCCUGUGACUAUGUGGAACCAUUUGAACUGAAAGGAGUCUCUGAGUCUGGAGACAUGAACAAAGUGUACGCCACAGUCCUCAGCAGACAUCACCACCUGAUCAGAAAGAGUGAUGGACUCUAUGACCCCUUGGAGUAUGAGAACCAUCCUGAGCUGUACACAUCGCACUUCAGAAAGACUGUGGCCCCUUACAUGACCUGUCUGAUAAAUGGCAUAUACUGGGAACGUCACACACCCAGACUGCUGAGGCGACUAGACGCCCAGUUGCUGAUAAGACCCGUUAUUCCUGCGUCAUCAUCACCUGAUCAUGGCUGCCCAGCUCUUCCCCACAAGUUCUUAGCUAUUUGUGACAUCUCAGCAGACACCGGUGGCUCCAUUGAGUUCAUGACAGAGUGCACUACAAUUGAGAAACCUUUCUGCAUGUAUGAUGCAAACCAGCAUAUUGAUCAUGACAGUGUGGAAGGAAAUGGCAUUAUAAUGUGCUCCACUGAUAACCUGCCAGCCCAGCUGCCCGUUGAAGCCACUGAGUAUUUUGGGGACCGAUUGUUCCCUUAUAUCUGGGAGAUGCUGCCGUCAGACGCCACCAGACCGCUAGAGGAAGAGGACUUCUCUCCGCAAGUCAGAGACGCUGUAAUUACGUCCAACGGGAAGUUGACACCUAAGUUUGAAUACAUUCAGAAACUCAGAGAAAACAGGGAGUCGGAGCAGAUCCUAAAGAAAGGCGGAAUGAAGCGGGUGCUUUUGCUGGGCGCAGGUUAUGUGUCAGGGCCAGUUAUUGAGUAUCUCACGAGGGACGCUGGCACUCAGGUCACAGUGGCAUCAAAUCUGUUGCAUCAGGCUGAGGACAUGGCAGUCAAGUACCCCAACACCAUACCAGUUAUGGUGGACAUCACCAGCCAAGAGUGCCAUCUCGAGUCUCUGAUCAAAGACCACGACAUCGUCAUCAGCAUGCUGCCAUAUCCGUUUCAUCCACAAGUAGCCAAACACUGUAUUAAAAUGAAGGUGAACUUGGUGACAGCCAGUUACUUGAGUCCCGCCAUGAAGGAGCUUCAGAGGAGUGCCGAGGAGGCUGGCAUCACCAUCAUCAAUGAGAUGGGUCUGGACCCUGGCAUUGAUCACAUGUUGGCCAUGGAGUGCAUCGACCAGGCCAAGGCAGACGGUUGCACUGUGGAGACUUACAGCUCUUUUUGUGGAGGUCUUCCUGCUCCAGAGUGCUCAGACAACCCACUGCGUUACAAGUUUAGCUGGAGUCCAUACGGUGUCCUGCUCGGCACCAUCUGUCCCGCCAUCUAUCUGAAAGACAACCAGGUUAUUAGUGUUCCACCUGGUGGUGCUCUCUUGGACGUCACAAAGUCUAUGGACUUCCUGCCUGGAUUUAACCUGGAGGGCUUCCCCAACGGAGACAGCACCCAGUAUGCCCAGCCAUAUGGCAUUGAGUCUGCACACACACUGAUCAGAGGAACGCUACGCUUCAAGGGCUUCUCCUCUGCAAUGAGUGGCUUUGUAAAACUGGGAUUGAUCAACACUGAGCCGUGUCCUCUGUUGGGUCAUACAGCUUCUCCCAUCUCAUGGAAAGAUUUGCUGUAUAAUCUGAUUGGAUUGCCCACAACUGUUAGCAGCAGUGCUUUUGAGGAUGCUGUUUAUGAGCGGAUAGGCAGCGAUGACUUCAGAAUGCAGAGUCUCAGAUGGCUCGGGAUGCUCAGUGAAGAGCCGGUACCCCAUGCUGACACCAUCCUAGCAGCGGUUGCUAAGCACCUGGAGACAAAACUAUCCUUCGCUAAAGGUGAGCGGGAUUUGGUUAUCAUGAAGAUCGAUGUCGGGAUAAAACACUCUACAGGUGAGCUGGAGACCAAACACAUCAGCCUGGUGGUCUAUGGGGAUCCCAAUGGAUAUUCAGCUAUGGCCAAAACUGUGGGAUACACAGCAGCGAUUGCAGCCCAUAUGGUACUCAAUGGUGAACUGACCACUAAAGGACUUGUGGUUCCAAUGACAAAGAACAUUUACAGUCCAGUACUGAAGAGACUUCAGGAAGAGGGUCUUCGGUAUAUCACCAAGAGCACUGUAAUAGAAUAACCCAGCGUCUGGUGUCUACAUAUAUUACACAAAUAUUUCAAAAAGCUCUCUGAUACCAAAAGCUUUGUAGACUAUUGUGUUGAUGACAAUGAUCAUUUAUUUUUCAAUGUCAUCAUAAAUGAGAGUAUUAUACUGAGUUGCAGGGGUGUAAAUAAGUUCUACAAAGCAGUUUGGCUUUGUCUGGACGGAGAACUGUCCAGUUUGCUGCAAUUUUUACCUUCCUUGUUUUACUGUUUAACCCUUGUUUUUGAGUUCAAAAUUAGCAAUAGCAUCAAAAGAUCAGUUGCAUUUUAGCUGUUCAUCUUUAAAUUAGCAAAAUAUGUUGCUAAAUAUUACACAUGUUCUACAUUGUGUUAAAGGAAUAGUUCACCCAAAAAUCAAAAUUCUCUAGAAUCAGUAUACAUCCCAGAUGUGUGACUGUUUUUUCUUCUGCUGAACACAAAUUACGAUUUUUGAAGAAUAACUCCGCUCUGUUGGUUCACACAAUGUGAAUGGUGGCCAGAACUUUGAAGGUCCAAAUAUCACAUAAAUGCAUCAUAAAAGCUCAUUAAUAAAAACCUCCACUGUGAUGCAUAACUCCUUUUUGGACACCUUUCGUCACAUUUUAAGCACAGCAUUUCCAGAGAGGUUUAUUUUUAAAACUAGUUUUUUUCAAAACCAUUGCAUUUUCUUGACGUUUGCUUGUAUUGUUUUAUGUGCCGUGUUUUUCUUCAAUAAAGA